GCAAUUUGCUCAUCUUCGCUCACUGCGGAUAGACAAUACCCAUUCAAAUGGUCAAGGGAGCCUCGUUAAUAUUAAGUUCUCUCCUCAGAAAUGACGGCGAAAAAGAAGCGCAAAAAACUAAACUGUUCGUACCUCGGGGUUCCCAGAGAUCACGGGGUAAUUCCACUAGAGCUGAGUGCUCAAUGUAUUCCGCCUCUCUGGGCGGCCCUGCUCAGUAUUGGGUUUGACGCAGGCUCGGUUCAGGACGACGGGGACCCGGGCGGCGAAGUAUUAACUAUAUCGUCGACAGUGAAAACGGCAACAACCAACUAUGAUGAAAACGAAGAUUGCGGCUUCUAUGUGAAUGAAGAACAGAUUGGAAAUUUGGACAAGGACUUCCUUCGAUUUGUCAAGAAGUUAUUCGGCAGCAUUGAAAACGUCGAGAAAUCUGGGGAAAAUUUGAAGUUUCUGUCAUUUGUGUCGCGAGUUGGAUCCAUUGCACAAGAACGAGAGAUCAAGUGGAACGUCAUACGGUGGAACGAGGCUUCUUUAUAUGUUCAAAUAAACUCGGCUGCUUUUCCCGAGGGUAGCCGAGACGCGUUUGUUCAGCUGCUGGAAUACGCAGAGGAGGAACUGGAGUGCGAAAACGUGGUGGUAUGCAUACCAAGCGAGCAAGAUCAUCGGGAUGUUAUAAUGAAGACGUUCAUGUUCCUGGGAUUCUCUCCAAUGCGACCUGGUCACCCGUUGAUACCUUCUGUUGACAAAGUGGAAGGAGCCGACAAAUAUAUGUAUAUGGGUUAUAUUAUUGGUUGAAACGUGCGGAGUUUCUGAGAAAAGUCUUGAAUUACCGGAGCCUUUUUUCUAUAAGCCUCAUUAACUGGAACCAAUGCAACUAAGAGAGCUCUUAUUUGGUAUAGAUGAAAGUCUCCGGUACUUCAAGUCAAUAUGGUUUAAGUCUGGCAGUUUUAAAAUAUACUACUUAUCAUAAUUUUUUAAUAUAAAACUGCUCGAGAUUCCAUUUUCUCAAAAUAUUUCGUUUCACACACUGUAGCUAACCGCAGGUCAACACAUUUGAUGCUAUUAUGUAAAAAUAAGUGUGGAUAUUAUUACUGGUAUAUUUUGUGAGCAUUCAGUUCCCCAUUUUUCGCGAUCAUCAUAUGCUUACACGAUUGAUAUAAUUGAAUAUUAUUCAAGAUUUUUAAAUAGACCUGUUGCCGUUUUUUGCUGUCGACUUUAUAACUGAUACUUUCCAAAACUUUUGAGCACUGCUAUGGUUAAAUCACGAUCAGAUUUAGUGCUCAUUAGUUUAUUUACAAACGCUCGACCCUUGGUCGUAAUCUUCCCCACCCUACAAUAAACUCAGUACUGAAACAGGCGUAGUUUAGAUUAGUUGGAAUCGUUCAUUUAUAGCUUAAACUGAUGCUACUAACAUGAUGUUUUAUGUAAUCAAUUACGACUGAAACUCAACUUCAUUCACUCUAUUAAUUCAGACUUCUUAAACUAA